GUACUUUUUUGAUAGGCUAUGAGGUCCCAGUCCCAAGAAGAGCGCACAGAUAAGGAAGUAUCUAUCAUCAUGGACAAAGAGUGUUGAAAAAUAAAGAUAGACCAUUUUCUUUGAUUAAGUGACACUGAUUUCAGAGGUCAUGUCUUUACUUGUUGCUAGCAUAGACUUUGGGACAACAUAUUCCGGCUGGGCGUUUUCGUUCAGACAUGAAUUCGAAAGUGACCCUACAAAAGUAUCUGCGAAAAACUGGUCUGGCGGACAACUCGUUUCACAGAAAGGACCUACAUGCGUGUUGAUUCGUCCUGAUGGGAAAACGUUGGAGGAGUUUGGCUACGAAGCCGAGAACAAGUAUGCUGAGCUGGCUAUUGAUGAGUGCCACAAGCAGUGGUACUACUUUCGAAGAUUUAAGAUGAAGUUGUUUAAUCAAGGGGGAGUUGGACGUAAACUCAUGCUUAAGGAUGAAACCGGAAAGAAAGGUCUUCCAGCUAAAAUUGUGUUUUCGGGGGCAAUUAGGUAUUUAAAGAACGAUUUGAUUAAACAAUCCGAGAAAAGAAUAUCAGGAGGUGGACUCACCGAUGCUGACAUUAAGUGGGUACUGACAGUUCCUGCAAUCUGGAAUGAUGCUGCCAAACAGUUCAUGCGAGAAGCAGCGGAAGAAGCAGGAAUUGCAGGCGAUAAACUGACGAUAGCACUUGAGCCUGAAGCAGCAUCAGUGUUUUGUAGACAUUUGCCUGUGGAUACGACCGCUAGCGCAGUCACCUCAUCUUUGGCCUCUUUCAAGGCUGGGACCAAGUAUUUAGUGCUCGACGCGGGAGGGGGAACUGUAGACAUAACGGUCCACGAGGUUGGUGGAAGCGGUGAGUUAAAGGAACUGUACAAGGCCAGCGGAGGAGCAUGGGGCGGAACAAAGGUGGACGAUGCAUAUGAAAAGUUCUUAGUUGAAAUAACAGGACUUGGUGUAAUGGGCGCUUUCAAGGAAAGUCAUAUGGAAGACUAUAUUGACCUGUUUCGUGACUUUGAAAUCAAGAAGAGGGACAUAUCUACGAAGAAGAGUGGCGGAAAGAUUAAUCUUCGCAUGCCUCUGGCAUUGGUUGAAACCGUCAAGGAGGUCACUGGCAAAACAAUCAAGGAAACCAUUUUGGGUUCAGCGUACGGAGAGCGCAUAAAGCAUCAUGGGGACAAAAUCCGAGUUGACGCCGAUAUAGUCAUUGAGCUGUUUGACGAACCAGUUACCAGUAUUCUAAGUCACGUUUCCACUCUUCUAAAAGAAUCUGCUGUGCGGGGAUGCAGCAAGAUUGUCAUGGUUGGUGGAUUUUCAGAAUCGCCAAUAUUGCAGGAACGAGUCCAGAAACGUUUUUCUGGAAUGUCUGUCAUCGUCCCGAACGAAGCUGGGCUUGCUGUGUUGAAAGGCGCGGUGAUAUUCGGACACAGUCCGACUACUAUUGCUGAAAGGGUUUGUAAGUUUACGUAUGGGUAUGGCUCAACCCAUGUUUACUCUGAGACAUGUUCGCACCCAAAAGGAAGACGUGAAACAGACGAGAAUGGCGAUUUAAGAUGCUACGAUAUAUUUGUAAGACGGGCAAGGGUAGGUGAAAAAGUAAAAUUAUCACAAGAGGGUCAAGAAUCGACAACUACACCAGUUUUUGCGUCUCAAAACACCAUUGGAUUUGAAAUUUACGCUAGCUUAAAUCCGAAUCCAACUCAUACGACUGAAAAGGAAUGUUCAAAGAUAGGCUAUCUAGAAAUACCAAUCGAUGACACUUCACUUGGAAAAGAUCGCGAAUUCGGCGUUCGUUUUAUUUUCGGUGGAACUGAGAUUGAGGUGAAAGUGGAAGACAAAGCAGACAAGCGAGUAUUUCGAAAAAGAGUGGACUUCCUUGGAUAACAAUGUAAAUGGGUUGCAGGCUCACUACCCAAAAUGUAAUAAUGACAUGCUAACGGAUGCAAUUGGAUUGGAAUUGACUUGACUCAUGUUGGAUGAGUAAUUAGCAGUUAAGCAGGUUCUAAGACUUAUACAUUUAUUUUUAUUUGAUUUUGUUGAUUUGAUUCGGUUUCAUGAAAUAUGUGAUACUUUAUCAUUCGUCUUUGUAGUCGUGAUUAGGUGUUUAACUUUGUAUAUGUUUACAUUUUGUACAUACUUGUUGACCUAUAUUGAAGAAAUUAAAUUUUUAAUACCCCAUUAAUAAGUGAAUAUGACCGGGUUGCAUCUCUUUGGCGUCUGUAAUUCAAAGCGAGAACAAAACUUAUAUACGUUUGAUGUAUUCAAUGCCUCAAACAAAACUUUCUAUUGAAAUGCAUUCAUUAAACCAUAUUGUACAUACAUGUAGAUUAGUAGUGGUAUGCAUACAAUACUGUGUUAUAAUUUGUUAUACUCAAGUUGAUAAAUAAAUAAUAAAUAUACGUUUAGAAACAUUACAUACGAAA